GAGGGCAGGAGAGAGUCAGAAGUGCACCGAGAGAGAGAGAGAGAGAGAGAGAGAAAGAGAGCGCAGCCAACAGCAGCCAGGAGCACCUGAGAAGCAGCUGGAGAUUGCACUGAACAGUGAUGGAGCUCAGGAAGACAGGACGAUGAAGAACAGAAACUGUGAGGAGCUUUCAGUAUCUGAGAUACUUUGAGUACACGGAAUGAGACUUCUCGGCUGUUUUUGACAAAUCAGGCAUCACGGUUGGGUUGUCCAGUCUGCCAUCUGCUGCCAAAGGAGGGAUAAGCCCCCCUCAUCCCUCUAAUGACCUCAGGUGGAGCAGAAUCUCAUGAAGGGGGAGCGGAGUAUCUAGGAAGUAUGGGUUGGAACGGAGGACUCACUUCUCCAAGCAUGGAGGAACAUUUCUAUCCUUUCUUAAUCGAGCGAAGACCCUCAUACAUGGGGGAGGACGAAGAGGAACAUGAAGAUGAAGAUCUGAGCUUAGUGUUGGAGAGGAAGGACAAGGAUCUACUCCUUGCGGCAGAACUAGGGAAGGCUUUACUGGAGAGAAAUGACCAGCUCAUGAAGGCAAAAGAUGCUUUAGAAGAGGAACUGAGAGAAACCCAAGAGAUGAUAGAGCAGGAAAAACAUGACAUGCGGCUAAAGAUGGAGGUACAGGAGAGUGAGUGGAGAGCACAAGUGGCAGACCUGGAAAGUGACCUAGCAGAAGCCAGACUGCAGAUGCAACAGCUCCUGUCUGAGCAGAGAGAGUGUGGGAGAGAGUCAGCCAGUGCCGCACAAGAGUUGUCAGAACAGAACCAGAGACUUGUGGAACAGUUGGCGCAGGCUUCUCAGGUACAACAAACUCUUACCAUGGAGCUGAAGUCAUUGAGGGAAGAAAAUCGUGACCUAACCAUCAGCCGAGGACAAUUUGCUCCAUGUCUGCAGAGCCUACGGAGUGAGAAUGCUCUCUUGCUGGAAAAGAAAAAGGAAAUGGAGUCACAGACCAAACAGUUACAAGAUGAGAAUGAUAACGUGCAGAACCAGCUGAUCUCUGAGAAAGAGGGUGUCUUUCAACUUCAGAGACAGAAGAUGGAGGCCCAAUUGCAGGUUCAACAGUUGGAGUUAGAAGCCCAGAAGCUGAGAGACAGUCAUCGCACCAUGCAGCUCCAAGUGAAGGAAUUGCAAGAUGAGCUGCAAAUGAGGGACAGUCAGUUCUCCCUGCGUGGCACUCAGUCCUCACUGCGCAUGGAGAUCCAGCAGAGCACUGCAGGCCAGGAUCAUGAGAUGGGGAGAAAUUCUGUCGAGACCCAAAGUAUUACAUCUGACUGCAUGGGCACGUAUCUGACAGAGAGGGAAGGGGAUCUGCUCAGAGAUAGCGAAGAGGAGACUGUGAGGCUACAGGACCAGGUCACCAUGCAGCAUAUAGAACUCACCGACCUUCGAGAAGAGGUGCAGAGACUCCGGGAUUUGUUAAAGCAGAAUAAUUUAGACAGCACUGUGAAACAGGCUGUGCUGGACCGGGACGAGGCUCUUAUGAAGAAAGGGGAGUUGGAACAAGAGCUGGCAAGGUGUCAAAUGGAAAAAGAGAGCCUGAACCUCCAAUUGCUGAGCACCAUCCAACAGAAGGUGAUGCUGAGUCAAGAGCUUGAGGCCUGGCAGGACGACAUGCAGAUCGUGAUCAACCAGCAGCUGCAAUCCCAGAAACAGCAAGAGACCCAGAAGGUUCCAGAGACCCCUCCGAAUUCCUUCAUGAGAAGGGACAGCAAACGAGGGAGGAUCUUCUCCUUCUUCAAGAAUAUAUGAUGGUGAAGGACACUGCCCACGAGGAGCAGCCGGACUGGCGGCCCAUGAGGAGCAAUGUUACUAUUUUUUUUAAUAUAAUUUUGGAAAUACCUCUGAGAGGGAAAGACCGAACAUUGCACGUUGUCCUACUCCUUGGUACUGUGUCACAUGCUCAGGAUACUGCCCAUCUCCCAAGGUUACCUCUUUGUCUAAACUUACAGACCUACUGACUUUCUCAAGGUUUACUGACUUUCUGUAGUUGGAGGAAAUACAGAAGGUCAACCUGACCCUCAAGAAAGAAUUCUGACCUGGACAAGGACCUUACACCUACACUCCCCCAUCUAUCCUUUAUAGCCUUUUUGAGCUCAUGCACUCAUCUAAUUGACUGUGCUCAAUGAUCUUAUCAUAUUGCACAGACUCCUGGGAGAUAAUGAGGUGCCUACAGUGAUCAGAAGGCAACCAGAAGGUCAACCUGACCCUCACGAGAAAAUUCUGACCUGGGCCAGGACCUUACACCUACACCCCAAUCUAUCCUUUAUAGCCUCUGCGAGCAUGUGCACUCAUCUCAUUGGCUGUGCUCAGUGAUCUUAUUGUACUGCACAGACUCCUGGGAGAUAAUGAGGUGUCUACAGUGAUCAGAAGGCAUCAAGAAGGUCAACCUGACCCUUACUAGAAAAUUCUGACCUGGACCAGGACCUUACAUCUACACCCCCAAUCUAUCCUUUAUAGCCUCUGUGAGCUCAUGCACUCAUCUCAUUGGCUGUGCUCAAUGAUCUUAUCGUACUGCACAGACUCCUGGGAGAUAAUGAAGUGCCUACAGUGAUUAGAGGACCAUUUCAUUAGCUACUAUCCUGUUCCACCCUGAGUGUGUAUGACAACACGUUCCCUGAUGAAUGUUCUUGUGGUGCCCUGCAGUGGGUGGGGCAUAUCAACCCCAAGCUGCCUAUGGUAUCACUGCGCUACUUAGCAGAGAAGGAGACAGACGCCAUGAUGGGUGGCUCCUCCCAUUUUGGAACUGACAAUGACUCCUGCCAUGCGAUUUGGGGACGGAAGGGAGCUGAGCGACGCAAUAAAUGGUGCAUUGUACACUGAUCCUGUAAAGUUCUAUAGCCUGUACAUACUGUCCAUGGAUUGGCUGUAUAUAGAAAUGAAUAUUUAUAUGCCUAUUUUAACAAA